UUAUAACUCUUUCUCUGAAAAGGCCAGCUUUUGAACAAAGCAAUCACGAGAAACCUUUGAAUAUCUCUUACUUUGGAUCCGUUCCUUGCUCACUUUGGUUUCUCCUUUAACUUCCAAAACACAACUCGUAUCAAAACCUCUCUGGUGCAUUUCCAUCUUCUCGUGUCCUUUUCCCCGGAAAAUUUCUUCCCUCCUACGUUGAUUUUCCCGGAAAACUUUCCUUGUGUUCUUCUAUCUACUAGGAAAAAAAAGAAGAUGAAACCCAUUUGUUUCCCUCUCUGUUUCUGUUUCCUUCCUGUAAAAGUCUCCUCUUUUUGACAUAAUCUUUUCUUUGUUUAACUUAUUAAAAACCUCUGUUUAAACAUUUCUUCCCCUGAUUCUGUUUUCUUUUCCCGAGAAAAUUAAUGAAACGGCCGCUAUAUAAUCGGGAGAUCCUAUCGAACCCAUGUUUCUGAAUCAGUUCAUGCACUUCUUGAAAUCUAUUCACACUUUCAGAAGGAAAACCCUAGUUUAACAAAAACCCUAGAUCCCCUGCUUUCAAAAAACCCUACCUUGUAACCCAAGCAAAAACUCUCCUCUGGUUUUUUUCAACAUGCCUGGUUCAUGUUUCAACCCGUUUCGACGGUCUCUAAGAUCCAAGUUCUCUCCACAGCCUUCCUUCUCGGACUUAUCCGCUAACCCGUCUUCCUCAAAACCCAACCGGUACGCAGAAAGCGAGACGAUGGAGAAGAAGAGAUUCGACAGUAUGGAGUCAUGGUCGAUGAUUCUCGAGUCCGAGAACGUGGAGACGUGGGAAGCUUCUAAAGGCGAAAGAGAGGAAUGGACCGCAGAUCUUUCGCAGCUUUUUAUCGGAAACAAGUUUGCUUCCGGAGCGCACAGCAGAAUCUAUAGAGGGAUCUACAAACAAAGAGCCGUCGCUGUGAAGAUGGUGAGGAUCCCUACACACAAGGAAGAGACAAGGGCUAAACUCGAACAGCAGUUUAAGUCCGAGGUUGCUCUGCUUUCUCGUCUCUUUCACCCUAACAUCGUCCAGUUUAUUGCGGCGUGCAAGAAACCUCCCGUAUACUGCAUAAUAACAGAGUACAUGUCCCAAGGAAACCUCCGAAUGUACCUAAACAAGAAAGAGCCUUACUCGCUCUCGAUAGAGACUGUGCUAAGGCUGGCUCUAGACAUCUCAAGGGGAAUGGAGUAUCUUCACUCACAGGGUGUUAUCCACAGAGACCUAAAGUCCAACAAUUUGCUUUUGAAUGAUGAAAUGAGAGUCAAAGUUGCAGAUUUUGGGACCUCUUGUCUUGAGACGCAAUGCAGAGAGACCAAGGGUAAUAUGGGAACUUAUCGGUGGAUGGCUCCGGAGAUGAUCAAGGAGAAGCCUUACACAAGAAAAGUCGAUGUUUAUAGCUUCGGUAUCGUUCUAUGGGAACUCACCACUGCAUUGCUUCCGUUCCAAGGCAUGACUCCAGUGCAAGCCGCAUUCGCAGUCGCUGAAAAGAACGAGAGACCGCCACUGCCGGCGAGCUGUCAACCAGCACUUGCUCACCUGAUCAAGAGGUGUUGGUCAGAGAACCCUUCCAAGCGGCCGGACUUCUCAAACAUUGUGGCGGUGCUAGAGAAGUACGACGAGUGUGUCAAAGAAGGACUGCCUCUGACGUCACACGCAAGCCUCACCAAGACCAAAAACGCUAUUCUUGAUCGCCUUAAAGGCUGCGUCUCAUCCAUCAGCUCAACAUCCUCUUCCUCCUCUGUUCCUGUAAAUGCUUAAUAAUUCGAAGUUUUUUUUUGCCAAAAGUAAUUCAAAGUUGUUUAGUACCAUAACAUCUACGCGUGCCAUGAUUCGGUUAACACAUAAUUAAUUAGACUGGUUAAAUUUGUAUAAUCUAUAUUAAUAGUCAAUAAUUUCUCUUCUCAUUCCUUCUCCCUUCUUGUCUCCACCAAUCUCAAAGUGUUUGCACCUCUUAACUGAGUGUUGAGAGAAAUGCUUACAUGUUUGGCACUGGAGCCUCAGGACAAUCUUCUUGGUUCUCUUAGCCUUCUUGUGGAAAACGGGCUUGGUCUGACCACCAUAUCCAGACUGUUUGCGGUCAUAACAACGUUUCCCUCGGGCAGCAAGACUGUUUUAACCCCUCUUGUACUGGGUCACCUUAUGCAAGAUAUGUUGGGGAAUGUCCUAAAUAUAUUUGUAUUUACGU